GCCCGAGGCGAGGAGCCGGAGGACCCCGACGAGGAGGAGGGCCUGCCCGCGCACAGGGGGCGGCGGGUGCUGCUGCGGGAGCCUUCUCGGGGAGAGGAUACCUCCGGACCUCGGCUUCCUGGGGGCCAGCUUCUACGCGCUGCUAGCCGCAAUCAGCGUGCACGAGGCGCUGCCGUCCGUCGCCGAGCGGGCCCUCUACGAUCUGCUGGCCGCACUGCUCCUGCGCGCCGUGUACCGCGCCGACGUGCAGCGAGGUGUGCUCACCAGCGACGAGAUCGCCAGCGCCCGGCUGGACAGGCUGGUGCAGGAUCCCGGCACCGCGCAGCGUUUCGGCGUGAGCGCCGCCGAGGUGGAGACGCUGGACGCCAUCCUCAGGCCGCUCGCGUGACAGCGCGGCCGCCGCGACUCUUAGUUUUGCGGACCACUGGGCGGGCCGAC